GGGGGGGUUUGAAAAUUCAUUCUGGUUCUCAAAAGAUUGACAGAUCUCUCGUUUACUGAUGUAAUCGGAAACCCGAAAAGCGGCAAGAUCGAAGUCCUUCCUCUCCUCCCCGCGCAAGAGAUCUGGGACCAACUGUUUCGAGGAAAAUGGCGGCGCACCUUCAUAGAAACAAAGCCAUUCUGUUGUUCCCACAAGUAAACUGUUCGUAGCUAGCAUAUAAGAUAAGUCCUUAGAUGCUAAGGCACACCUAGGACGGCUGUGUCCUUGUGUUUAUCGUACAGCAUGACUGAUACGUCUAAAGCAAAGGAGUGUUUGGAGGAGAGCAAUACGAGUUUCUGGACGACACCUUCUGAUGAUGGCUUCCGGUUUUCGAAUCUUACGACAAGUCACAUGUCAAUGCUUAAAGAAAGCGGGCCUUUUGUUGCUAUAGUGUUGUCCUAUUGGGAUAACUUAUUAGGACCGAGACUGCAGCACGUGUGGAGAGGAGCGGGAGACACAGAGUCUCAGGAAGCAAGCGUUAAAUAUGUAGUGGGUCGAACUCUUCAUGGAGAGCUAUUGAGAGAUGCCCCUGAAAACAUGGUGGACACAAAACUGUUUGUGCUUAAGGAUCAUGGCAUUGUAUGCCAUUCAUUUAUUUUCUCUGGCUGUGACAAGUCUGGUGCCAAUGUUUCUGGCCUGUCCCUCAUUAUUCCAUUCUCGGAAUUCAAGAGCUACUUGCCUUUUAUCGAGCUUGUGGAAGAACGAGUAAAGAUCCUUAUAGCAAAGCUGAGAGUUUUGCAAGCCAAGGAUUUAUCAUCUGCCCUGCCUGCAUUCAGUGUGUAUCUACCACGCUUCAUUCAGACCAUUACAAGCCUUAAGACAACAGGAAUCCCUGAGUCAAUUCCAUUGAGUGAGACUGCCUUUGGACCAGGUCAAGCUGGCAUUUUUGAUGACCGUUUCUUAAGAAGAGUCAUCACAUCACAUUUACAGACAUUUGGCAGUACUCUUGUUGUAGGGAAAGCCUUGGAUAAAGUCAACUUGAUGGUUAACACCUUGGCCUUACUGUUGUCUUCUGAGGAACGCCAGCGAUCACGAUAUGCAGUAGAGACUUUAUCCAAUGACUCUGACUUGUACGAUUCUGAUUUGUUUGUUCAAGGCCUGUUAAAGAGUUCCAAGGAAUCAUUCAGUCUUCCAGUGAAGGGAAUCAUCACCAGCAGUCUUCCCAGUACUCUGGUUGACAUGGAUACAGGGGAAGUCAAACAGACGUGCCCCUUUAACGAACACACUGUCAUCCGAAGAGAGUUUAUCGAUAUCGAGCUGGCGCUACUGUUAGAGGAGGCUGAAGAUGUUCCAGUUUUUCCAGCUCUGGGAUUAUUUCACAACUCAGACGAAAUCGCACUCUUGGUGCAAACGCUCAUGCUCGAUCUCAAUCUUCUCCCGUACGUCUGUGGUGUCCGUGAAGGAUUCAUCGACAAUUUUUUACGCCUUCUAGACCGUAAAGCUUUGGCGCUGAUUAAAUACUUGGAAGCUAAAUCGUCGUGUGGCACAGUUCCCCUGGAUUACGUUGCUAAGCGACAGUUACGUCAAGACUUGCAGCUGGGUACAGAAGCUGAUUACUCCAUUGUGUUAACCCGCGCGGAGAAGCUACAUCCGGGAAUUUACACCUUUCUACAGGGAGAUCCCCGGCAAAACGUGGCUCGUGUUCAGGCCCUAUUUGAGACUCUGUGAUGCUUUCUGAGGAAGUGCGCCUGAAAACAUAAGGAAGUCAAGAAAAUCCAAAAAUUUUCCGAGAAGCGUGACGUCGACGAAGAUACAAUUCAACCUCGUUUCCAUGGCUCCUUGGAACGAGGCUGUGCGUUUGAACAGUUGUUUGCUGAAUUAUAUAUUUGCCAAAACUGCUUCAGUGUUGUCAUAUAAACGUAGCUAGGGCAGGACAAUAGUACUAUAAACUUUAAACUGCGCAAAGUGUUUA